AUGGAAUGCGAAAAUCAAACUUCAUUGACUGAAUUUGUCCUUGUUGGGUUUCCAUACCCCAACAAUCUGAAGGACCUUUUAUUCAUCUUCUUCAUGAUUGUUUACGUGCUGACCCUUUUUGGGAACCUUCUGAUUCUGUUGGUUGUGGUGUCCAAUCCCCAACUCCACAAGCCCAUGUACUGGUUCCUCUGCCACUUGUCCUUCUUGGACAUGACUGUCUCCUCUGUGAUUGUCCCUAAGGUGAUUGCUGGAUUUCUAGAGGGUGGUGGAAUCAUUUCCUUUGGAGGUUGUGUAUGCCAGCUUUUCUUCUUCCAUUUCCUGGGCUGCACAGAAUGCUUCCUCUACACACUGAUGGCCUAUGACCGCUUCUUGGCCAUUUGCAAGCCACUCCAUUAUGGUACCAUCAUGAACCGUAGGACAUGCCUCUUCCUCGCUUUGGGAACCUGGUUUGGUGGCUGUCUGCACUCUAUGAUGGAGACGACCCUUGUUUUCCGCCUGCCUUUUGGCUGGAGAAACCAGGUGAACUACAUCUUCUGUGACAUCCCAGCUGUGCUGAAGUUGGUCUGUGCUGACACGGCACUCAAUGAGAUGGUAACCAUGGUUGAUGUUGGCCUUGUGGCCACCACUUGCUUCUUUCUUAUCCUGACUUCCUACAUGUACAUUGUAUCCACCAUACUGAGAAUCCGCAGCACUGAAGGGCGCCGGCGAGCGUUCUCCACUUGCACAGCUCAUAUCACCGUAGUAGUGACUUAUUAUGUGCCACUCAUCUUCAUUUACCUGAGGCCAGGAUCGCAGGAUCCAUUGGAUGCGGUAGUAGCUGUAUUCUACACUUCACUCACCCCACUUCUGAAUCCCAUAAUCUACACACUGAGGAACAAAGACAUAAAAGUUGCCCUAUGGAGAACCAUGAACAGCCCUCUGCUUCUGCCACCUGGUUUGGCUCUGCUCCUGGAUGGACUCCAAUGGUCCAGUUCAGAGCUCAGCUGUGAAUGA